CCCCAACGCUCGCCCAACGGCCAGAUCCCGCACAGCAACCUUCCCUAGCGCAUCUCGCUUCUGCGCGCCUCUAGGGAAGAUCUCCUCGCACCCUCUCCCCAUUCCACCAGCUUUGCAGUGCGCACUGUCCCCAGCAUUCUCCACCAUAUACAGGGAGCUGGUCAUUUGUUGUAGUUUUUUCCCACCGUCUUCUUUGCUUCUUCACCACACCAGCAUCGUUCAGCGGAUCCGGCCCAUCCAUCUCCGUCCAAACCCGUCUCCUCAUGUCCUCCGACGGCGAAUUCACCAGAACCCAGAUCUUUGGCACCGUUUUCGAGGUCACCAACAGGUAUACCGAGCUCAAUCCCGUGGGAAUGGGCGCCUUCGGGUUGGUGUGCUCGGCGGUUGACAAGCUCACCGGCCAGGUCGUGGCCGUCAAGAAGGUCAUGAAGCCGUUCCUGACCCCCGUGUUGGCCAAGAGAACUUACCGUGAACUCAAGCUCUUGAAGCACUUGAAGCACGAAAACUUGAUCACAUUGGACGACAUCUUCUUGUCCCCCUUGGAGGACAUUUACUUCGUCAACGAGUUGCAGGGUACCGAUCUCCACCGGUUGUUGACGUCGCGCCCCUUGGAGAAGCAGUUCAUCCAGUACUUCACCUACCAAAUGUUGAGAGGUUUGAAGUACAUCCACUCGGCCGGUGUCAUCCAUCGUGACUUGAAGCCCUCCAACAUCUUGAUCAACGAGAACUGCGACUUGAAGAUCUGUGACUUUGGUUUGGCUAGAAUAAGAGACCCCCAGAUGACGGGCUACGUCUCCACUAGAUACUAUAGAGCCCCGGAAAUCAUGUUGACCUGGCAGAAGUACGACACCGAGGUCGACUUGUGGUCCGUCGGGUGUAUUUUGGCGGAAAUAAUCGAGGGAAAGCCCUUGUUCCCCGGAAGAGACCAUGUGCAUCAAUUUUCCAUCAUCACCGAGUUGCUCGGCUCCCCUCCUGCCGAUGUCAUUGACACCAUUCUCUCCGAGAACACCUUGAGAUUUGUCCAGUCGUUGCCUCAUAGAGACCCAAUACCUUUCGGCGAAAGGUUUGCCCAAUGUACACACGUGGAACCCGAGGCAAUCGACCUUUUGGAAAAGAUGUUGAUAUUCGAUCCAAAGAAGAGAAUCACAGCUGCAGAAGCCUUGGAGCAUCCGUACAUGGAACCUUUCCACGAUCCAACCGAUGAACCUGUCUGUGAGACCAAGUUCGACUGGAGUUUCAAUGAUGCGGACUUGCCAGUGGAUACCUGGAGAGUCAUGAUUUACAGUGAGAUUUUAGAUUUCCAUCAAUUGGUUGGUGUCAAUGGUUCGACAAACCAGCCUAUUUCCCAAGAAGAGCAAUUAGCCCAUAUCCAACAAGAGGGCAUCCAGGGCCCCAUAGAGAGCACCACCCAGUUGCCAGGACAAAAGGUGGAGUAAGCGUUCAGGAGAAUGUUGGUUUACUCGAUCCGGUAUCCCCUUGUUCCGACAUGCUGUAGCCUGAUACUGAUUUUUUGACCACUGAUCGGAUUUUUGACUUCCUACAAGCUAACCAUCCAUUUUUAUUCAAUCUACCCUAAUAUUUCAUCCAGAUCGUUAAACUACAUUCUGCUUAUCGUUGCUUGGCGUGUGUGUUAUUAGAUCAUAUCGUCACGCUAAUGGGACGUUCUCUGGACGAUACGUUCGCAUCUCUGUUAAUAUGGACUAAUACAAAAUAGUGAA